ACUGUCGGCGCUUCCAUCAGAACAAACAUCCACAUCCUCUGAGCCUGUGGAUGUCAGCACAUGAGCUCUGAUGAAGGCAAGUAUAGCAGUCCAAAUGAGGGCGCCUACACCAGCUCUGAUGAAGACAAGAGCAGCAACUCUGAUGAAGGCGCUCACACCAUCCGUGCUAAAGGUGUGCAUAGGCGCAUGAAGGAAAAAAAGCCUUGGAAGGCAUGCAUGAACAUCUGUGAUUGCCCUAAAGAGUACACAGUUGGCUAUAAUCCAAUUACUAAUGCUAAAUGCAUGUAUUCAAAGAGAUUUAAGAUGUCAAUGUGUGCUUGGAAGCGUCUCAAGCAUUAUGUUGAAUCAGUUGAGCCUGCUAUCGGCCACUAUGUUUGUCAGCUGAAUAAGACUUUUGCCAAGCUUGGGCAGAGAAUGUACUUUUCAGCUGUGUUUAUGAAGAAGCAUCUGGCGGAUUUCAUCGCCACUUCUGUUGAUGGGGUGAAGAUUCAGCUAUCAUCUGGACGUUGCAUAAGGCGUGUUCUAUUAAUGGUGUGGACAACAGGGCUACCAUAA